GUGUGUGUGUGUGUGUGUGUCAGAUGGUCGGCUGGAGAGGAACAGUGUAGCAGCCUUCCUGCUGAUGGUGAAGAAUCUGAUUCGUCAUCACCCUGUCAACCAGGAGAGCCUACUGAACUGCCACGGACCCAGCAUUAUAGGAGCCAUGCUCACUAAGGUCCCAGGUAGUAUGAUGGAUAUGUCUGUUCUGAUGGCGUGUCAGUUCCUGUUGGAGCAGGUAUCCAGUGAGGAGAACAGUCCGUUGCUCCUGCAGCUCUACCAACACCUGCUAUUUGACUUCCGCAUCUGGAGCAACAGCCACUUCGCUGUGUGUCUGGGCCAUGUCCAGUACAUGUCGUCUGUGAUCAAGGAUGGGAAGCAUCGCAUGAGGAAGAAGUAUGGAGUGCAGUACAUCCUGGAUACCAUACGGACACACUACAGGUACCUCAACAUCCCUUUACACUCCAGGUACCUCAACAUCCAUUUACACUACAGGUACCUCAUCCAUUUACACUACAGGUACCUCAACAUCCCUUUACACUACAGGUACCUCAACAUCCCUUUACACUACACAG